AUGAACAACUACAUCAGCAUCAACAACAACAUCCCCAUCAUCUUCAGCAACAAAAACAACUACAACAACGUCUUCACAUAUUUCAAUUCUGCUUUUCAGCGCCCGGACGGAUGCACACUAAUACUUUGGAAAGCCGGUAGAUGUUUGGCGUGGGAUGUUACGGUUCCUGGCAUCCUUGCCAAACGAUAUGUAAACCUGACAAGUAAAAAAUGCGAUUUGACCGCGGCCAGGGCAGCGGACGAGAAAAUGAAAAAAUAUGGGAACGCCCUCCCCUCGAAGGAAUUCUUGCCAAUAUGUAUCGAGGUUCUCGGCCCGAUGGACCCCAACACCCUUAAAUUUCUUAAGGCAAUAUGUAAAAUGAUCAGCGUCAGAUCAGGGGCCAGCAGGGAACUGUUUUUCGCAACUAACCACAUUUCGUGCUUGUUGCAGCGGUUCCUGCGUGUCUGUGUGCUUGAAAAUAUCCAACUGAAUGCCGACAUGUGCAAUUAA